AACACUCUCAGUCAGACUCUAGUCGCUUUGCCGCUUGGAGCAGGCGUGUCGCGCCGGCAAACGGAGAGGGCGAGAGAGGCAAGUCACCCCGACAUGUGGAGUGAGUGUGUGUAGUGACAUAACAGUGCAGUUGCAGUCCAAACAAUAAUAGCGUGGAAGUGCUUAGCAAUGGAUACCAAAGGCUCGAUCUGUUCACACGAGUGGCACAUCCCGCGGCCGUCACUGUCCGGCAGCAGCGAGUCGCGUUCGCGCGGCGGCUCCGCCUCCAGUCAAGGCUCUUCCAGCAACCACAGCACCCACAGCGUGUCAUCGGGUUCGCUACUGUUAAGCGCUGCGCAUCUCGCGCGCAUACACGGAAGAACUACGGAGCAGCCCCAUCCCCCCAGAUUGGGCAAUAGCCGCAUAUCUAACUACGAGACUGCCGUGGUCACAAUUCCCGAAGAAACGAAAGAUUCAGACUUACAAAGUAAUUACUGGAAGGACGUGAAGCGAGCGCCAGAGGCAGACACGGCAUCUAUAGCCAGCUCAACCCAUUUUACCGUCGUGAAUGGGUUCACGAAGCACCGAACUACGAAAGAACCAAAGUCUUGCUGCUGCAGCCAUUCGCACCAGAUCACUGUCCUCGUCAUAUCGAUGACGAUCUUGUUCUCUGCGUGCAUUCUUGCGGCUAUAUGUUUUGUUGAAAUGAGAAUGCGGAAAGAGACCGGCAUGUACAAGUAUUCUUAGAAGAAAUAAGAUUCUGAAGCUGCACAAUCCUGACUGCUUGAUCUUCGAUUAUAGUAUGAAUUUUCUCAAAUAAUUUUACCACGAUACAGUUGCUUUUUAAACGACAUUGUUCCUUUGCUAACGGGAGCUAAAACCGCUCGCAUAAAAGAAACAAUGGCUUUUGUUUAACAGAGUAGGGUCUUAGGCGUAAAAAUCAUUUCAGAUAAUUCAUAGUAUACUAUCUUGCAACGUGACCAUAUAUUAAAGGAAAAAUUGGAGAAAUUUACGCUUCCGGCAGGACUUGAACCCGCAACAUCUGCAAGCCGUUCAUUGCUCUUAACCAAUUGAGCCACGGAAGCCUACCAGAACCUCGCAGAUCUUUCCAUUCCUUCCCUUAUGUAUACACGCCUUUGGGGUGGCGUAAAGUGACAUCUACCGAAAGACGAUUACAUCUUUUUAAGUUUUAACGGCACCGAAAUCUCAAGUUGUAUUGAGAAUUAACCAGUAAUAAUGUGCGUUAGCCAUACUAAACCAUUUUUUUAACAAGCAGAUACGUCUGCGAGCGAUACUACAAAUUAUAUAUUAAUCCAUUUCCAUUUCUUUCUUUAAUAUAAAAUUUGUACUAUCGCUCGCAGACGUAUCCGCUUGUUAAAAACGUGAACUUUAUCUCCCACGGAGCAAAGGUGUUUUCGCAAGUAAACAAUUGAGGUAGUCAGUAAUAGUCAGUAGCGGAUCUAGCAGCAUGUCAUAGUAUUAUAAAUGUAAUGUAUAGGUACUUAAGAAUAAAGUCACUAAUGCAGUCUAUGUACAGUCAAGAAUACUAUUCGCUUAGCACCUUUGCAUGCAAACUUCUUUGCAGGGGGAGUCACUUUUCUCUGCAGCUGACUGUAGGUACCUACUGUCAAAUAAAUGGAACGCAGGGCCGCAGUGGACUAGAUUUGCCACAUAAUAUGUAUGUAUCUAAACAUAUCUAUUAAUCCUUAAGAAUAAGGACGCAAAAUUCAAUCUUGUGUUCAAUCUUCUUCACUCACUUUUUUUCUCUUUUUUUUCUGUUAAUAUGGAAUAAACGGUUAGAAUUUAUUAAGUAGUUAUUGAUCGUAUGAGUAUACAUAUAUUUAAGCUUUAUUGCACAAUACAUGAAGGUACAAAAGGCGGACUUAAUGCCUUAAGGCAUUCUCUACCAGUAUAUAGUGUCUUGUAUGGGUAUAUGUAUGUUGCACCUUGUAUAUGGUGUAUUUAAUAUAAUUUAAAACGAAUAAUGGGAACUGAACUUUGGAACCACAUUAUAUUAAAAAAAAUCCCUUACACAUGUACCUAUAUUUUUUUAAAGGUGGUAAUUUCAGUUCAGUUUCCAUUUAAAUCAAAUCUUUUAACCAGUGAAUAUAGAUAAACUUUAAAAUGGAAUGUCAAUUCCAUAUAGAUAUUAAACCUUUCCUACAUUCAUACUUCUAUACAAUUUGUUAGAAGCUUUUAUAAUUAUAUACAUUAACUUUUAUAUAAGUAGGUAGUUAUGUAAUUAAAUGGCAAUUUUCAGAUUAUGUUGAAUUAAAUUUCUAAGAUUAAUGUGAAACUUUAUGAUGCAGUGUAAAUUGGUAGCGUAGGUUAAAUUUUAAAAGAGGAAACAGUUAAGAACAGGACCUCGAAAUCAAACAUUCUGUAUGGUUUGAGACCAACUCACAAUUUCUAUCUUGAACCAACUUUUGCAAUAAAUAGCUGUAUGUGCGCAAUUUUAGCAAAUGUAAUGUAUAGUCCGAUAAGAAAUUGUAGAAAAUUAUUGAGGGCGCCAUUUCCUACGUAACUGUCACAUUUGUGACGUAAAAUGCUUAAACAUGGCAACUAUUUAGUAUGUUUUUUUUUAGUUCUAUUAAAUUUAAUUUCUACAAUUUUAUGUCGCACUAUACACUGGUUAUAAAUUAUAAGUGCAAUAUAUUAUCAUUAUCCAGUAACUUAUUUAGUUCAAUUUAUUUAUACAUACAUAUUUAAACUAAUGGGUGUUAAUUUAUAUAUUCGGAUGUGAUUGCUGAUUGAUUGAUGUUGGUUUCUUGUUAUACUUUAAACUAAAAUGAAUGAAAAUUAGUCCUUAAAAAUAGAGAAUUCCUAGAAUCAGACCAAGCUAACUCUGCAUGUCAUUUGCAAUUACUAAAUGUGGCGACGUCAUCACUGAUGUCAAAUUUCUAUGAAAAUAUAAUGUUUUUAAUGACUCUCUCACACUUUGUUCUGUUCAAGUUGGUGCAAAGUUAGCUUAGACAGACUUUACGAAAAUAAGUGUUUAUAGGGCGCUGCCAAAUAGGUAUGUGCAGUGUUAGCGGCUACUCGUUUAACGAAAAGGUACCAAUUAGCUCCAUGCAUGUUUUUUUUUUUUGUAAACAUAAUUACAUAUUUUGUAAUCAUAAUAACGAUAUAUCGUUUUAAAACCGUAAAACAUAAAAUACUUUGGUAAACCUUCACAUUAUUUUAUUAAAAAAUAUUUCAAAUGUUGAAAAAUUGUGAGCAGUUGAAAUGCUCAUAAUUUUUGACGCGAAUUCGACAGAGCGUGAUGACGAUGACGUCACACGUUGGACGGUCCAACUGACGUUAGCUACUAAUGACACUUGUGUGAACUAAUCUGACGAACGCGUGACGUCAUGUGACGUUUCGCUCAUGAGCUUUUCGCGGGCAUAUUUUUAUACUUUUUAUUUAUUAUUUUAAGCAAUUUAAUGAUACAUAAUUUAAUAACGGAAAUUCAUUUGUGAUUUGUGAAAUGAUAACGGUAACAAACAUUCGAAUAAAAAAUAUUUCGUUCAAAUAUAAACUUCAUGCAUGAGGCUAAUUAAUUUAUAAAAUUUAAAUUUUAAGGCUAUUAUAAAAAGGUCGUUAUUACAACGCCGUAUUUAGGAAUAUUGGUACCUUUUUCUUAAGCAUAUCUUGUUAAUAUUUCAGUGAUAGUUACAUAGCUAUACCUUAAGGUAAUUUCAUACAAAUUAAGGCAUAUGUGUCUAACCUAAUGUGGACUUUAUUUCGUUGCGUUAAUGUCUACAAAUAAACGAGAAUUGGUGGUGUUCUCAAAUUCUUUUGUUCUCAAUCUAAUCAAGGCCACCAAACGAACCAUACUUAAUCUUUUCUAAAGGUUUCAGGGUGAAAUCAGUCUUUUAUUUUAAUGCAAUUACUUUUAGCCCAGACGCCUUUUAGAGAAAAAUGAUUAGUGGAAAGUUGUAAAUUUUCGUUUCUUAACAUGAAAAUUUACAUCUUUUUGUAUACUUAGUUGAACGCGUAAAUGUACUUUUACUAUAAAUUGUAAAUUAUCAUUAAGGAAGAACUGUGAUAAAAUUAAACAGAAUAUACCCCUGAA